CCCCCACAGAGUUCCCAGCAGCUCCGCAGCCGCUCCCUGAUUGGUCCUUCCGCUGCGGCCGCGGCCGCUGGAAGCGCCUCCUCUCAUAAACCCAGUCAGAGCGCACCGACGCUUCCCAUUACUCCCAGGAGAAGAAGUAGCAGCAACAGCAGCAGCAACAGCAAGCUGGGACACUUCAGCGACUUUAUGGCAAACAAGUAGAAGGGUCCAUUGCCCUCUGAUAAAUUUUUUUAUUACUCCGAUUGUGUAUGGAAAGUGCUCCUGGAUGGACCUGGGUGAAAACAGCUGGUCCAUGGUCAAGCGAGAAGUUUCCAGCAGCCCAGGCUCGCCGGCCGACCAGAGCUACCUGCCCGGUGACAGCAGCAGGAGGGACGGGCCCACGCCACCAAGCGAGCUCGACGUGCUGGGCCACCGCCGCCCGGACAGGUCGCUGCACUCCUACCUUCACUUCGGACACCACGGCAACGCCGCGACCGCCGGCGAGGACAUCCCGCUGUUUACGGACUUGGAUCAGGGGAGCAAGCUCGUCCUCUCCGCCGGGGCACACAAGGCGAGCCUGCUGGUGGACCCCGCCGACAUGUACCAAACUUUGGCCAUCGCCGCAGCCCAAAGCCAGACUGGAUAUGAUUCCUCCUCCGGUGGUUACAUGCACUCCAGCCCCAACUCACCGGUCUACGUGCCCAGCUCCCGGGUGAACCCGAUGAUUUCCAGCCUCUCCUACCUGCAGGCCGGCGGCUCCGCGCAGCCCGGCCACGCCGUCUCCAGCCACUCGGUGUGGUCGCAGUCCACCCCGGAGAGCCCCUCCUCGUACAGCACCGGGAGCCCACACACAUCCAGCCGGUUCCACUACCCUCCAAGCCCGCCCAUGAACAAUGGAGGACCCAGGGACAGCGGCUACACAAACGUGGGCAGCAGGGACCAGUACGGCCUCUCCCGGUCCCUCAGUGGGACCUACCCGAACCCAUACUCCCCUUAUGUGGCACCUCAGUUGCCCUCACCUUGGACCGGGGGACCUUUUGAUAACACCAUGCUGCACACUUUGCAAAGCAGGGGUGCGCCCUUGAUUAGAGGUCCAAACGGAGUUUCAGACAUCCUGGAGGACAUGGCGGAGAGCAGGGAAUGCGUGAACUGCGGCUCCAUCUCCACGCCGCUGUGGAGGCGUGACGGCACGGGCCACUUUCUCUGCAACGCCUGCGGCCUCUACAGCAAAAUGAAUGGGCUGAGCCGGCCAUUAAUUAAACCGCAAAAAAGGACGUCAACCUCCAGAAGGAUCGGCCUCUCCUGCGCCAAUUGUCAGACCAGCACAACGACCUUGUGGCGCAGGAACGCAGAAGGAGAACCGGUGUGUAACGCAUGCGGGCUCUAUACUAAACUACACGGGGUACCUCGACCGCUCGCCAUGAAAAAAGAGGGAAUCCAGACACGAAAAAGAAAACCGAAAACUUUGAGUAAAACCAAAGGAUCUUCGGGCACUAACAACUCUGUCUCCAUGACUCCCACAUCCACCUCCUCAUCCAAUUCUGAAGACUGUUCCAAAACCAGCUCUCCCUCUGCACAAGUGUCAGGGGUCAGUUCGUCCGUGCUGCCUGGCUCAGGGGAGGGAGCAGGUUCUGGCUCUGUGGUGAAGUACCCAGGACAGGACAGCCUGUACACCAGCGUGGGUUUGACCCAGUCGUCAGAUGUAGCUUCAGUGAGGGGGGAACCCUGGUGCCCUAUGGCCUUGGCCUAAACACUCAAAGUUUUGUGUGUGUGUGUGGACAGAAAUCCAUGAAAUCUCCUAUUCUGUCUGGACGCUGUGGCGUGGAUAUAGCUGGAGGACGGUGUUUGCUUUCUGCCCCCCUUCAGCCGAGAAGAAGAAUCUGACACGGGGGGGAAACAAGGACGAGACGGGCAUCAGUCACAGCUUAACCUUGAUCCGCACAUGGAAUAUCUGGGAUUGGCGCUGGCGUCUUGCAGUCAGUGGAAACGUCAAGCAGUUAGGUGUCCUGCAGGAUGGUUUUAAGCCUGUUGUUCACUCUGAUCUCUCCCAUCAGUGGUUCUUCAAAGAAAGCCGUCGUGUAAAUAACAGAUUUCCUCUCUGCAGAAGACACUGCUGAUUGGACACAAGUGCUUGAUGAAGCACUGAGGACGUUUAGAUUGUUCUUCUUUAUUCUCCCCACAACUGGAAUCAUACCAUAAGUGCUGAGAUGACUUUGAUAAAUCAAAAUAAAAAAUAUAUAUAUUUAUAAAUCUGCAAUUGUUGAGAACGUGGCUAUGAUUGUUAAUAAAGAUAUCAAUAUAGAGCAGAUGUUAAACCAUUCUGAUGUGGUUUUUUAAAUGUUUUUAAGUGUUUGUUAAAUUCGCAUGUGUUUUUCCACUGAAAGCUCUUACUGCUUGUGUUGAAAGUAGUUUGGUUAAAACAGGGUAUAAAUGUCAGUGUUUUUUCUUUGAUCAUUUACUUCAAAACAUGGAAAUUAUUGAUUCCUUCUUGUUUUAUACAUUAAAACGUUGUCAGCUAUGGGGACGAGUAAGGUACUAUUUUUAAGAGAUGUUUGCAUGCAAUUGGAUGUUGUGUUUGAACAAAGCUCAGCUGGUAUAACUGAACGGCUGCACUACCUGACUCACCAUAAACUUUACACAUUUUACAAUUCUAGCAUGUACUGUUUCAUCAUUUUCAACACUGAAUUAGAUCAAAGUGGAGAGCAUGGUCACCGUUGAAAUACUUCAUGCUAAUUUGAUUGGAUUAAUAACUGUAAUAAGCUGUUAGGAGAUCCUGUGAUUUGUUUUGGAGAAUCAAAAUGACUGGGAUCCAGAGUCGGCCCAAGGCAUAAGCGAACUAAGCACCCGUGGUUGGCUUCACAGCCAACAGGGGGCCUUUGGGAGCACUAAGACUGUCACAAAUGUCAGGUUUACAAAAAUAGUGCAUCAGUGUUAAUCGUGCAAAUUGUUUGAUGUUUGAAGUCUUGUAUGGAAAUGAAUGUCGCUGGACUUUUUUUCUGAGUAAACUAUGUUGUGGCUAUUUUUACUCUCCAUCUUUCUGCAAAGAUCAAUUACCCAAAUGGCAGAAGUAACAACAAACUACUAUGAUAAUGGUUAUGUGUGAUAUAUAAUGCUAAAACAUGGUAGCCUAAAGGACCCCACAUCACAUUUUGUCUAGGGCCGGUCCCAUAUGCCUCGAAGCAGCCUUGGACCGACUCUGCUGGGACCACAAUUCUGCUUCCCAACCUGAGUUGGGUUUUUUGGAUCCUCGUUGUUUUUGAGGGAUUAAAAAAAAAAGUAAAAUCACUCAACUCCAAAGAGACUGAACCCUGGAGGCAGUUUCCUGAGAUUGAUGUAAGCUUCUACUUUUUCCAGAACUUGUUUCAUUCUUGUACAGAUCUUGUCAUUCCCUCCCUCGAACUUAUUUAUUUCUUAGAAUACCAUGCUCUCUUCUAUUUUUUAUGUUUUAUUUUUUCUGGAACAUCAUGGGAAAUUAUUAUAUUUAAAUCCAGUCCAAUAAAUCGUUCUGAUGAAGCAAAUAAAUUUAGUGUUUGUUUGAAAAGCAGGACACUAUUUUAAAGGGAGAGCGUCAGAGAUGGGAAUUUAUGGAGAGAGCUGUGGUGUUGAGCGCUCAACAUUCCUUAUGAGUCAUUCACAUCUAGGCUUUCACUCCCUGUUUCUGUUUUGUAGGACGAAGGCUUUAACUUGUUAGAUGUUUUCAAGACCAACUAAUGGAUGGAAAGAAAAAAAAAUGCUUCUUUUAGAUACAUUCAGAUGUAAAAAAUGAAUCUGUAGCCAAAAAAUAUAAAAUUUGCUUUUAAGUUUCA